CCAUCCUCCCUUCUCCACCCCCUUCUUCCUCCUCCUCCCUCAAACCUGACAGGAAGAGAAAACGUGCCUGCCCUCAUCCUCCGUCCUCACCCUCCGUCCUCACCUCCGUCCUCACCCCUGCCCCUCACCCCGUCCCUCACCCCUGCCCUCACCCGCCCUCACCGUCCGUCCUCACCUCCGCCUCACCCCUUUGCGAAUCCGAACCCUGCCUUUGCUAACCCAGAACCCAGCCUCGAGACGUGCUACAGCGGAUCACCUUUACACAACCUGGAUCGAUGGAAAGAAACUAACGCUGGUAUGCGGUACAGCGAGUGUAUGUGCCGCACACACUCACUAUACGGUGUAACUGACGGGUCCCCACCCCUCCUGCCUCGCUCUUCGAGUCUGGGUGAACUUACCAAGAAAAAUAUGUGGUGGUGCGUGUUGGUGGUGGUGGUGGUGGUUUUGGAGGGGAGUUCUGGCCAGCACUUGGAGGAACAACAUCACCCUGAAGAACACAACUCAAAAGCUUGUCUAGAGUCUUGUUCCUCCCUUCAUCUGACACAAUCCUUGUCGACGACCUCACGCCUUGAAACUGUGGCCAACUCUCCAAAUGUAACAAAACACAGACGUACACGAAGUGUUUACCCCACGUCCGUGUCUCCUCGGGAAGGUAACACCACUUAUGAGCAAUAUGCACACGAAGACAGACCUCAUCAUGCUGGAGCAGACUUGAAGUUUCCUCAAGAACAACAGUCUGUGAGUGUGGCAACAAGUGUGACGGGUAACACUGAGAGCCAAGAGAACCUGUCGAAACAGAUUCUUCUGUCUCUAACGUUAAACAUCCCAAGCGACAAAAUUCCUGUUAUCCUUCACGACUCAGAAGCUCAGAGCGUUAAUGUUCUUGAUCACUUCCUCAGGGCGAGUCUCGGCCUUUCUGCCGUGAUAAUCAACAUCUCUGGCGGUGUUCUGCCGAUCGUUGAGUGGCUGGACGAGUACAAUGAUGGCUACUUCGUUCAUAUUAUUAUUUUUAGUUCUGUGAGCGUUGUGGAAUCUUUUGUUGAAGGUCUCCCAGAGUUAGUCUGGACCCCGGAUCACCUUCUGUUAAUAAACGUCGACGAAUCUGUCAACGCUACACACCUGCUGGCUCAGGAAAAGUUCAGUCACAGUCUUUACCUCUCGCUGUUGCAGCCUCACAACAGGAUGGGCGCAGGUCACUACCUCAUCCUCACUUUGGAAACUUUCCGUCCUCUGAAUAAAAUAACUUCACACGGCAUCUACAGUGUCACCAAACCACGAGCAUUUAGUGAGGUCUUCCCUGAUCGCUUCCAGAGUUUCUAUGGUUACAAAAUCCAGUUAGCCAGUUGGCCUGAUGACUUUCCUUACUUGAUACCCGGACCAACGCUGGAGAAAACCUAUGGGAUGUGCGUCAACAUGCUCAACGAGAUCUCAGCAAAAUUAAACUUUAGUUACGUGUUUGACAGCGAGGCAGAGGCGUCUUGGGGUGAGCUGGUUAACGGGUCGUGGAUUGGUAUGGUCGGUCAGGUCUCCAGGAAGGAAAAAGACAUGAGUGUGAACGUCAUCGCUGUUGACAAGGACCGCUACACCGCCGUGGACUUAAGUGUGAUCUACAUGACCGACUCCUUCAGCUUCGUACUCCGUAUUCCCACGCCGCCGCCCCGCUGGUGGUCCAUCGUCUUUCCUUUCACGUGGCAGACGUGGGUGGCCGUGUUCGCCUUUCUGGUGGUGAUAUCAGCCCAACUCUCCCUCUUCUACAAGGUGAGGGGAGUGGCGAGGAGCAGCAGCGAGGCGGUGUUGGUAAUAAUGAGGACUCUUCUUCGUCAAGAUGUUCCUAAUCCUCCCUCACACGUCUCCAUCAGGGUGAUCCAAGGCGCGUGGAUGAUUGUGGCCAUGAUAUUGUCCAUCUCAUACACUGGGAACCUCGUCGCCUAUAUCACUGUCCCUGAGAAGCCCAUCAGACUCACCUCCCUCAAGCAACUGGCCGAGUCCUCCUUAACGCCGACGAUGGUUGACUACGGUAACUUCGUGCCCGGGGCUCUGCGAGCCUCCAAACACCCGACGCUUCACGUCCUCGGCCAGAAGCUGCAGCUUAUACCUGACUACGGCUACGACGUGGGCUUCGCACAGGUCAUGGAUGGAACUCACGCCUUCCUGGAGGGGACGGAGUUCUUCAACUAUAUGGUGAUUCUCUACCACAUGUCCACCACCACCUACUUCCUGCCGGAGGUCAUCUACUCUACCAAUGUUGCCUGGAUAUACCCCAAAAAGACCCCCUGGAAACAUAAACUAGACCCUUACCUGCAGGCCUUUGUAGAGUCUGGGCUCUGUCUCUACUGGAAGAAGGUAUUGGUGUACGAUUUCAUGAAGCAGAUGGGAGAGAACCUCCACCAGGACACCUCGGUACCUCUACGACCUCUCAGCCUCCAGGACCUGCAGGGAACUUUCAUCAUCUACGGUCUGUUUACAUUAGCGUCAAUCCUCGUGGGUGUCUUAGAGAUGCUGUUUCAUCCUUGAUUACUGCGACCACCGGUGCCUUUUACUACGGCGUGAUGACUAGACUACUGUACCACCACCUCCUCUAUAAUCAAUAUAUUUACAGUACCAAAAUAUAAAACCAUGUAGUGGUGCAUAAUAAAUUGUGUUGCAAAGUAAAACCUC